UCCAGAGCUGCAGCAUUUGAUUUACCUUCAGCCGCACAUUCUGUAUUUAUUAGAUUCGAUCACCGAACAUCAGACAUUUUACGAAACCUUUCUACGAAAUGGACUCCCUGAAGGGCUUGCUGAAGGCUUACGAGGCUUGGGUGGCCAAGAACCCGGACGUGGUGGGCGACUUCGAAACCACUGCCAAGUGGGUCUCCUACUUCAUAGCAGGACGGAUAUCCAGCUCGAAUGUGGUCAGCGAGCUGGUCUACACCCUCUCCAACAUGCUGGUGUUCUACAACGACCGGAUCAUCGAGAGGGCGCGCCAUGCCAAGGAGAACUCGGCGGUGCGAAUGCAGUCGAAACUUUGCUACCGUCUAAAGGUCAUGUUGACGACGCUCGAGUACAGUGAGGUGUUCAUCGAGAUAUCGGCGCGCCGGGUGCUCGGUCAGACGGGCAAAUGGCUGGUGAUAGCGCUGAUCCAGGCCGUCAAGGCGGCCGGCCGUUUGUUUAUCUUGAAGCACUCCACAGCGGAUAUAAUCACCUCACCUCCGAUUGCCUCUCUUAAUCGCCGAGCCCUUAACAAGAAAUCGAAAGAGGAGGCGGCGCCCAGCGAAGUUAUUCCCCAAUCUCAGCACUCCAUAACCUUUCAGCUGAAGCGCUCCGGUCGCCUGAUCCGCAAAGUGGAAGGUGCUCCGCCGCUGCAGUAUCGCGAUUUUAAGCUCCACGUGGAAAACAAUGAGGCGGUGAAGACGCAGAUUCCCCGGGAACUGGUCCAAGCUGAGUACCUGUACAUUUCAAAGCCGCUCAUUCACUUGGCCGCCAUGGGCUUGUUUGGCCGACGCAGUUGGAAGCAGUACAUCGUGGCGCUCUCCGUGGAUCUGUAUAGCAUUCACCUGUACCGCCAGCACCGUGACCUAAUGUCCAAGCAACAGAAGCUGGAGCUAAGCAGGCGCUGCAUCAACAUUCUGUACUUCUUGGUCCGGUCUCCGUUUUACGACAGCUUCACCAAGUCGCGAUUGGAGAGGAUAAUUGACUUUUUGGGCAACACCAUUCCCAUUACGAAGGUGGUGGCCGGACCCCUGAAGGACUACAUUCCAACGUGGCAAAGCACUUACUUCUAUCUGUGGUCAACCUAGAGACCUCAACGUGGCAGAAAGUAUUUCCAUAGGUUAAGUUUUAAAGUUACAGGAUGGGGUCUAGGGUGGGCUACACUGUCGAUACUGAACAAGCAUGGGGAUUCAUCCAUUUACGAUUCUAGGAACAUCACACACCUCUUGAGAAACGAAAUAUUUUUUAUACAAAUGUUGAAUAAAAGUCCUUUUAGCCAA